AUGGCGACGCCUACUAGAUCCCAGGCCGUCUCGACUCCCAAACCUCAACCUCAUCUUUCCACUCCCAAUCGACUGAUGGCCUCGCCUCGCCCCGGUACCUCUGGCAAUUCUAAUCCUAAUCGUCCUCUGGCCUACAAGUCGCCCGCGGUCAAGACUCCUGCUUCACUCCAAGGCCACACCCAUCAUAUCAGUGCCUCCUCCCAGCCAUCCUCCACCCCUGCAGCUGCAGGCGCGAUUCAUGACGACCUCCUCGCUUUAAAUUCUCCCGCCGCAGCACUCAUGGCCUCACUGGGCCCGACAGGCAUGACACCGUUGGGCAGCGGUCCAGACGGCUUGGGAAUCACAACAAGCCUGCAAGGUACCUCUGUCAGAGGGGCUGGUACCCCUGUCAAUCCAGAAGCGGAACGGUUGCACCGAGCGCAUCUAGUCGCCGACAUACUCAAAAGUAGGGUGGCAGGCCGAGGAGUCACACGUGAAGGCGUGGAAAGAAUAGCCCAGCUACAAGGCUUCACAACCCUGUGGGACGACGAAAAUCUUACAAUUGCUGGAAAUGCUGUUGAUCUUGAGGUCAUUUUUGACGCUGCUGACCGCGACCGGGUGACGGAUGUCAGUCUCAACCUCAACACCUCCGACAGCGAAGAGCCUCAGCCGCAAAUCCGUGGCUCCGAGAUCUUAAAGGACAAUCUAAAGCCUCUGAACAUGGUCUUGGGUUCACCACAGUGGAUGAGCCUGGAUACAUUUGAGUCCAACUUGCAGUACCUCAGCCAGCUUGAUCACAUUGAAGGAGGAGCUCCUUGCUUCGAAGCCGUGACUGGCCUUUACGAUGCUUUUCAGAAGAUCUGGAAUGUCGAGAGGCAGAAAUUCAGUGGGCGGACGACCCGACAACAUCUCAGGCGCACUGCUGUAGGCCGGCCCUCCCUCGAUCGAAAACCUAUCCUUGGUCUGGCUCUGGAUUACUGGUGCGCCAAAGAAGACUUGCAGGAGAAAACAGCAGAUGGCGAAGUCGAGCCUAGUGCUAAUGCAUCUCCCCAUCUUUACACCGCCAGAAUAGCCUGCGAGCCAGGCUCCCCUUCAACAGUACUGGCCAAACAAUGGGUCUCAGAAAGUGCUAUUACUCAGGAUGUGGACACAGACGGGGACAUUGAAGCCGCAAAGGUCAGGCCGGACUGGCAAGACCCAGUGGACAAUGCUACCGGCGCAGAUCAGGACGUCACGGCAGACUCGGACAAACCAGCUACUUUAUCAUCAACUGUAUUAGACAUGCAUUUUGUCUGUCACCUGCUAUCCGAAGUCUACCUGCCCCUCAAUGUUGCUGCCCACCUGAAUGUGGAUCUGACGAUGGUAGAGUUAAAGCACGAACUCACGGUGACCUAUCAAACGGCUUUACAGAAACACUUCAAUACCACCCAGGCUGGUAGCGCCAGUACUUCGCAGGAAAGGUGGCCCAGGACGUUGCCGGCGCUGGACGAAGAUCACACUCCGCAAUGGCGACGGCAUUCCUAUGCGUUGCAUUCCGCGCAACACGCCGCUGCUCUCUGGUGUUAUCCAGUGAAACAAUUGAAGUUUACCCACCCCCGGCAACUGGCAGCCGUCAUCCCCAUCCUCCGCCAAUACGCCCUACUCUGGAGUAUACUGCGGAGUCUUGUGGAUGGGGUAACGGAGCAUAACAGCGACCCGGCGACUUCCGGGCGAAAGGCACAGUCAGCUCCAGAGGGCACAAGUCGGCCGCUCAAACGUAGCAAUACAAAGACUCUUGGCUCGCAGAUCGGUGGCUUACCGAACUCGAACGCAAUAGUGACGGGCGCUGACGUCUUGCCGGUCGACUUGACCCUCGAUAUUAUUUCUGAUAUCUCCCGGGCAAGACUUGAUGUUAUUGUCCCAUUACGCGGCUCACUUGCGAAGGGAAGGCAGAGUCCCUUUCUCUCUGUAUCUCUGGAGGUCUGUCCGGACGGAAAGGUCGAGGUCAAACAUGUGCGUGGCAUCCACGCUGACAAUUCCAACCUAAGGAGCAAGAUUGCCCGGAUUCUAACGAUCACGGAGGAUAUCGGCCUUCUAAUCGAGUGGCUCUUGGAGAAAUCUCGCGCUGAGUUGUAG